GACUACCUGCCACCAACGACUGUCCUCCUUAGCCCUUUCUCCUCAACUUCAUCAGCCUCCUCAGGCCAAGGAGUUUUCCCCCUGCAGCUGAGAGGCCACACGCCGACACAGCCACCUCCUCCCUGGGAAACAUCAGCGCUGGAACAGACCAAAUUCCAGCCUUUCUCCCAGCCCAGAGGUAUGACCGAGAGUAUGACAUGGUCGUGUGGAUCAAAUCCACCCCUCUUCCCACUGGAGACACCCACAGCAGCCCAAGUCCUGUUUGGAAGUCCAGAACCACAUGUAACAGAGGCAAGACUUCACGCGAGACACAAGGUCAGCCUUUCUCUAAACCAGUCACAAAACAUGGACUUCACCCUGAACCAGUCAGUAACCGAGCAACAGCCUGAGGACGACGUCUUCAAGGUCUUCAGUUGUGAUGACAGUGGAAAAGAUGCUUUUCAGUUCAGAAAGAUUUACCUCAAAGACGGAACACCAGUCAAAUCCUCCGCACCGCAAACUGUCCCAGAGUCACAGUUCAUGGAAAUGGAGCACUGCAGCUGCAGUGACGCAAACUUUUUGUGUCCUGGACACAACACAGACCCAGAGAACGGCUGUGGAUAUUCACCAAGUUACUCUUGUGGAGGACGUUCCUUCAUUUCAGACUCGCAGGAUGUAGAAAAAUACUGCCCACUACGUCUCCAGGCGUCUGACUCCCAGUCUGGACCUCACACCCCUCUUACACGAUACACUGAUGAGAAGGUUACAGAGAAUCCGACUUGUCCAGAUAAGCCCUCAGGAAGUGACAUUCUACAGACGGAAAGCAGCACGACUCAGUUUGGUUUGGAUCUUUGCAAAUGCAAUAAACCAUCUGCUCAAACUCGAGAUGCAGGAACUCAAACUGCGGGCGACCCCGUUGCUGAGAGACGCGACGCCUCCACUCAGUGCAGCUUCAUCGCAGACUGUGCGGCCAGCGUCCCGCUGGUCAACUUUCCGCCCGUUGUCAAGUCAAUACUGCCUCCAGCCACCGGGAGGCAGAUGAACACUACUGCAGAAACAAGUGCACACACAGCCUCAGCUGCCAGCAGGGGGAAGCAGACACCCGGGAGCAAGAUGAAGCCCAAGGCUGGUUCCCUACCAGGCAACAGCAUUACACACACACUCUCUGCCAGCAACUGUGAUGGCAACAUAUUCCUACAGACGUCCAAACUCCAGUUUCCAGGUAAGAAGAAUAAAGUGGGCAGAGACGAGAGAGAGCUACAGCCAACAGGCCCCGUGAUAAAAGAGACAAAAGAGAGCUCGGAGGAAGUGAGGGACGAGGUCACGUCUCCCAGCUUGGUCAACAGAGCAGCAGACGAGACUGGAACACUGCAGGAAAUAGCUGAUAUUUUGCUCCUGCUCAAGCAGAGGAGGAAUUAGAGUUUAUGUAGAUGAACAGGUGGAAGCUUGAUGGAAGGAAGGAGGCAGCGGGGGUUUAAAAAUGUCUGUUCGAUGCAUGUUCUUUUUUUAAAUACAAUUUAUAGCAUUGUAAGCACUUAAGCGCCUUAAAAUAUUUAGUGUUUGUGCUUUAAUCUGUGACAUAGACGCCGUGAAAUAAAAAGCCCCAAAGCAAGCCUUUCUCUGAUUCACAACUUUAUUUCUUUCUCCAUAUACAUAUUCAAGUGUUAAGAUUUCAUAGAGAUAUUUAUAUUUUAUCCAAUAUAAACUCUAGCAAAACAUUUACAGCUUGAACAAUAGUCUGAUAAACUAUACAGCAAUACUAGUUGUUUGUAGUUCCGUGUAAACUGUAGAAACACAUGUAGAGUUGGCUGCGACCAUUUUCAUCACAAGUACACAUUUACAUGUCCUCAGUGUUAACAUAAGUGGAGGUUUAACGCACAAAGUCGAAAAACUGCUCCCUCAUUUUGUUUUUCACUUGAAAUUGAAGCAUUUGUCACUAUUGUGAUGUAAAAUGUUGGAUUUCUCUUGAAGAUACAGCCCCCCCUUUUCCCCCCAUAGCUACAAAUCAAAUGUAAAUUACAUAAUUACUAAUUAAAAAAAUAUUACUUUUCAUAGUUAUUGUUUAAAAUGUUUCCAUGUAGGUUGAGAGUGAAGUCAAAGACACAUUAUGUCCUGCUUUGGAAAGUCAAUCGGCAUUUGAUUUGUACAUAAUGGGCUGAAUAUGGUCCUGCUCGAGGGUUUUACAGAGAAAUCUGUUUUUCCGUUUGGGAAAGAAACAGUUUUCAGGUUUCUGUACGUGUGUUUACUAGUGUAAUAGUUAUUGUUAUCGUAUUGAGGAUUCUAGUAAU